AUGGAGCUGCUUUUGUUUCUAUCAAUGCCACCGUGGGUGCUGUUUCUAUACACAAUUGCCAUAUACGUGUACACAGGAGCCUUUUAUCCGUUGUCAGUAAGGCUUCUAAUGCUAUUACUAUCACAGUUGCUGGGGCUUCACCUCGAAACUAUGCGUCCACUGGCACCUACGCUCAACGACAGUGUACUCUCCUUUUACAGCGGAUUUUUAUAUGUCUGUGCAUACGCUUCUUUGUGGACAUGUCUUUAUGAUCAAGCCUCAACCUACUUUUACUACAACGCCAUUAUAAGCUAUUUUCUUCUAGGCCCAGAUAGAUUUAUUAACCAAGUAGCCCGGGGUGUUAUCUAUCCAGAUCUCUCUACAGAGGAGUCGUCAAAAGAAUUGAAUGCAAUCCCUAACACUAACAGAUUGCAACAGAAGUAUACCAUUUUGCACUUUGUAGAGUUUUUUCUAUCUUGGCUGAUACUUUAUCUCUUUGGCCACGAGGCCAAAUUUUUUAUCUUCACUGCAUACUGCCUAUUGGUUAGCGCCUCAAUGCUCGUGUUUGAUGGCUUAGAGACCGAAAGGUCUGUCUGUGCAAUCUCGCUUCCUGUUACGCUUGUGCAGGCGAAAGAGCUACCGAUGUAUACCUUCUUUCCAUGUGCAUUAGUGCUUCUUUAUGGCAUCGUCAGACAAUAUUCAGCUUCUGAGGAUCCUACUACUCAUUCUGCAUACCUAUUCGAUGACGCUCUUGGGCGUGUUCCUGAUCUCUGUAAGGAAAUGCUUUCGUUGACAAAGAAGCAAGAAAAAAAUGAUGUUGUGUUAAAGCUGAUGAACGUUUGUGCAGCCCUUCUGUAUAGUACCAGUACAGAGCAGCUUAUGGCUUGGGCAGCAAAUAUACUAUCCAUCGAAUUAAACUGCCCCCUAAUGCUGAUUAACGAUAAUGCAGUCCAUGUGGGUAGACUCACUAUUAAGCAAGCCGAUGUAGACGCCAUAUGCAGACACAUACGCAAUGACAGUCGCGCAACGAAGCCCUAUAAGAUGGUUGCUCAGUCAUCAGUGGACCAUACGUGCCGUAUGUACAAUCAUUUGCGGUUGGGGAAGUUUUAUGCAUACAUUGGAGGCCGCUCUACAAUAGUAGCCUUCAUUCAGCCUGAAAGACUCCAUGAUUUUAUGGAGAUAGCAUCUCGUGUUGAAUCCUAUCUUCAGCACUGUCGAACCUUCUUCGCAGAUUGCAGUAAGGCAGCCAACACUAUCCUGAAUGGGUAUUUACAACUGGCGGAAAUGGAGGCUUCGUGGCGGAGUCUGCUUGAUACAUCAAGGCGGCCCUUCUAUACGUUUUGGACCAUGUACCGCGACAGAAUACUAUCUUUACGUGGAGACUCAACUAAUAAAAAGUCUUUGACCCGUGAACUGUUGCUUUGGUCAACGUACUUGUGCAUCGUUUCCGACAUGUUUCGUCUAGAGCCAGUGGGUGGAACACAUUACGAGUUCCAACGAAAAAGAGAGGCUCCUCUUGCCCUCUACCUAUUGGAAAUAUAUGGUAGCCGCAUAUUAAAUGCAGACUGUCAAAUUGUGGCCAGCAAGAGGGUGCAGCAAAGAUUUGGCCUUUUCCAGUUCUUCACAAGUAACGGCAUAAAUGAUCAGGCUGUGCUAGCCGAUAUGCUGCGGAUGGACAUGGCCAUCUAUCAUGCUAUUAUGGCAUAUAUCUCAAGCUCCUUUGUACUUCAACCUUUUCACGAUUCCUUUAGGUGUAAGAUUGCCCGUGGAUCACUCUUCCGGAAGCUUGAGCUCUCCGAUCUUCUUGCGUACUAUCGGAACAAUAACUUCACUAAUGGAAAAACGCGCAAGGUGGAGAGCUGUUCGGAACUCGUAAGUUACAUCGAUGAGCUAACAAAUGAAAUAAUCCUAAUCAGCAGCCAGUGCAUCCUUAACUUUUGUGCGUGGUUCAGUGUAACAAUUGAUCUUCCCAUCAGUAAGCUACACGUGCUGGACAUCGUCGACGGUACAACGAAGGCAGAAUCCUCUCAACAGAGACGGAGUAUUAUGCAUAGCUUACAAUAUCGCAGUAAAGAGCAAACAGGAGCAGCCUCUUCACAUUCUUUAUUCACGGAUACGUGCAGUAGUCCGGGAACCUAUGGAAUGGUCCUUCUAGACAAUAAAAACAUCUCUGCCCGUGCAUUCCUCAGUGCAAUCCACAUAUUGAAUCUUAUAGUUUGCUUUCACGAUGUCUCUGAGUGCUGCAUCUAUAUACCUGACUAUGCUGCUGGACAAACCAGCAUCCUCUGA